UGGGUGGCAUGUAAAUUGGUCAUGGAAGAUUAGCGCUUGACAAGAUGGCUGGAGUGGUUGGUACAUCUGCACUGAACAUUUUGUGUGCAUUCUGACUACUUGACUGUAGUGAAGCCUUAAACCGUGCAUCUUGCACCAUUUAAUUAUGCUGGGUAGGAAUAUCUUAAUUGACUAGUAGAAAUCAACCUUUGUCAAUGGGACCACAACCUGUCUGUGACUGCACAUAUUAUGUGUUACAUUGACAAGAUUGACCCUGAUACUGUAAUAUGCGGACAAAGUGCAUUAUCUCAGCUGUGUCAUCUAGUGGUUGCCUGUUUAAUAUGCAAAUAGAAAAAAUAGCAACUUUUGCAUUACGUACGUUAAAUUAUACCCAGUUAUCAUUGUAGAGCUACACUUAUAUAAAUCGACACCUUGAAAGAUUAGCAUAUGGCCUUUUCAAAUACGAAAACAUUGGUACUACUACGUUGGAAAAUGUGCCAAGUUCUGCCACCACAGCCCUGACCUGCUCCACCCCGUGAAUAUCGGGCAGACUAUUCGCGCAUGAGGUCUAAUACCAACAGGCUCAGAGACUGCUUGUAGACAAACUAUCAGACUGCUGAACACUUGAACUGGGCUGACCACCUGCACUGUAGCAUACAUUCAUGCUACACACACACACACAACUACUGCUACCAGACUCUAAUAGCUAAAUACUAAAUGUAAACGUUGAUCCCGUUUCCCCAAAACACUAAAUAUUUGACUAUAAAUUGUUCCUGUAUUAUACUUAAACAAUUUGUAUUGUUCAAUUCUACUGUGCCAUUUACUUAGUAUGAUCUUGUGUUUCUUGUGGCAAAGUACCUCGUUUACUGGCUAAUUGAGCCAUCUCCAUUGUAGCUAGUUUGUUCCUGAGAAAAAAAAAACGUUGCUGACAGUUGAGUAUAGCUGCAACGUCAGAGAACGGACACAAAGAACGAGAGGGAAGAUGAGUCAAAGCAAGCAGCAACAGCAGGAUGAAAUCCCAGCAUACCUCAAAGAUGAGCAUCCAGCAGACGGUAACAAGGAUCACCCCGCGCCCCAGCCAGGCAUGUUCUCCAGAGUGACUGGAGGACUCUUCAGUGUCACUAAAGGUGCUGUGGGAGCCACUGUGGGUGGGGUGGCCUGGAUAGGAGGGAAGAGCUUCGACCUGACCAAGACCGCUGUCACCUCAGUGGUCGCUGUACCUGGCAUUGGGGUGGGGCUGGUGAAAGGAGGGGUGUGUGCUGUAGCUGGAUGCGUGUCUGCAGUAGGCUCAGCGGUGGGCAAUAAAGUUCCUAUUGGAGGAGGCAAGAAGAAGGACAAGUCUGACUGAGGAGGGGACGGACGGCGAUGCCGUUUUGGGUCUCAUGUCUGUUUCGUCUACAGUGUGGAUGGGCCUGGAGGGAUUCAAAGUCGUGUGUGUGUGUUCUCUUUUUGUGGAGGCCUACACUCUGAUCCGCAAGUGUCUAUGGACCACUCUCAUUAUGUGGCAGCCUGGUCACCGAGGGGGAGACUAAAUAAGUGGUUUCCUGGUCAGUAGUGCAGGGGCCUCCCCACCUGUCUUUGUCUGCAAUAAUAACCAGUGCCUCAAACUGUUGGAAUAUGAAAUGACUGACUGUGAAUGUUGUAUUUACUCUGUAGAUAAAAACCAGCCAAGAAAAUAUUAGGCCUAUUUUAUUGCUUAGUAUUUGUUCCAUCUCCUGGUCGCUGUUUAAGAAACAAGCCAAGAACAUUUUCACAAUGUUUAAGGCGGUGUUCAUGUUCAUUGCUGUGUUUGGCAGUCAGACAAUCAGUGAUCGAUGCCUAGUCCGGCACCUCUAACAGUAAAUAAAAAGGAUCUCAUGGGGGGGGGGUUUGGUGCUGGGACUGCACAGGGGGUUACUACCUUGACCCCCGAGCAGAGGUGUGGAUCAGAUUGAAGAAGCCAGCACCGGGUUGCUCCAACCACCGAGGCAGCACCUUGUUUUGAAAAGCAUUGGUGACGGCGGGGAGUUGAUGGCUGCACUCCAUCUCUCUGAUUGAUUCUAUUUCUGAGAUUACGGACUCUAUGCGUCUGGGGCCCAGCCACUCAGCCUUGGUGCUCUUUCCCACAACAACACUCAUCACUCUCCCACCCCUCCCCCCAAUAAUUACCGCGGCACGCUGGGGUUUCAACGCUACCUGCAAGGGCUAUGGUAGACUGAACACUGCUAGGGAAGUCGAUGUUCCUGACUAGAUGUUUAUGCUGGUAGAUAUUGUUUUCUUUUUUUUUCUUCUUCCCUUGUAAAGUAGACGAUUUAUAUCUCAAACUCCCCAUUCCUGAUGUAAGGGGGAUUUUUUUUCUUUUUUCGUAGGGAUAUUAUUUAUCCACCAGGGAAAUGCUCUAAAAUGGACAUGUUCAUUUCCAUUCAUAUUUUUCAUCUUCAGAAAACGCACUCUGGUGCAAGUAAUGUAACCUUAUGUUUUUCAAUGACAAAGUAGUUUUAGGAUCCGUUUCCCCUUUGAUGGUAUGGACUCUUCAUUUUUUCACUGAUGGUGCGUUGAAUCACGGAGCUCUGUCACUGCUGUUCCUUCCUCUCUCGCUAUAUUUUCAUCUUUCACUUUACAGCAAGGUGCCUUAUUCCCACAAGAAAGCCUGAACUAAAGUAACUUAUUCAUUUUUUUAACCUAAUAUAUCUAUCAUCUUAUUCCGUAGUCCACAUGUUGUUCUACUGCCAAAAAACAAACUAGCCUACUUUAGCAUGAACCAUUUCUGAAUAAAUUUAAGGAAUUGUCUUUUUCUAUUGUUUGUAUUAGAAAUAAAAUGUAUUCAUAUUUAUUAAUAUACAGUUCCAGUCAAGUUUGGACACCCUUUGCCUUGAUGACAGCUUUGCACACUUGUGGCAUUCUCUCAACCAGCUUCAUGAGGUAGCUAUUUGGAAUGCAUUUUAAUUAACAGAUGUGCCUUGUUAAAAGUACAUUUUGGGAAUUUCUAGGUUUGAGCCAAUCAGUUUUGUUGUGACAAGGUAGGGGUGGUAUACAGAAGAUACCCCUUUUUGGUAAAACACCAAGUCCAUAUUAUGGCAAGAACCACUCAAUUAAGCAAAGAGAAAUGACAGUACAUCAUUACUUUAAGACAUGAAGGUCAGUCAAUAUGGAACAUUUCAUCAACUUUGAAAGUGUCUUCAAGUGCAGUCGCAAAAACCGUCAAGCACUAUGAAGAAACUGGGUCUCAUGAGGACCGCCACAGGAAAAGACCCAGAGUUACCUCUGCUGCAGAGGAUAAGUUCAUUAGAGUUACCAGCCUCAGAAAUUGCAUCCCAAAUAAAUGCUUCACAGAGUUCAAGUACAAGACACAUCUCAACAUCAACUGUUCAGAGGAGACUGCAUGAAUCAUGCCUUCAUGGUCGAAUUGCUGCAAAGAAACCACUACUAAAGGACACCAAUAAUAAGAAUAGACUUUCUUGGGCCAAGAAACACGAGCAACGGAUAUUAGACCGGUGGAAAUCUGUCCUUUGGUCUGAUUUUUAGCCAUGUCUUUGAGAGAUGCAGAGAAGGUGAACGGAUGAUCUCGGCAUGUGGUUCCCACCGUGAAGCAUGGAGGAGGAGGUGUGAUAGUGUGGGCUGCUUUGCUGGUGACACUAUGAUUUAUUUAGAGUUCAAGGCAAGCUUAACCAGCAUGGCUACCACAGCACUCUGCAGCGAUACGCCAUCCCAGCUGGUUUGCGCUUAGUGGGACUAUCAUUUGUCUUUCAACAGGCUAAUGACCCAACAAACCUCCAGGCUGUGUAAGGCAUAUUUGUCCAAGAAGGAGCAUAAUGGAGUGCUACAUCAGAUGACCUGGCCUCCACAAUCACCUGACCUCAACCCAAUUGAGGUGGUUUGGGAUGAGUUGGACCGCAGAGUGAAGGAAAAGCAGCCAUCAAGUACUCAGCAUAUGUGGGAACUCCUUCAAGACUGCUGGAAAAGCAUUUCAGGUGAAGCUGGUUGAGAGAAUGCCAAGAGUGUGCAAAGCUGUCAUCAAGGGAAAGGGUGGCUACUUUGAAGAAUCUAAAAUCUAUUAAGAUUUGUUUUAACACUUUCUUUUGGUUACUACAUGAUUACAUAUGUGUUAUUUCAUAGCUGUGAUGUCUUCACUAUUUUUCUACAAUGUAGAAAAUAAUACAAAUAAAGAAAAACCCGUGAAUGAGUAGGUGUGUCCAAACUUUUGACAGGUACUGUAGUUCUCUACCAAAGUAUUUGACUAUUAAUCAGUGGAUUCUUAAAGUUGGGUGUGUAACAUCACAUGGAUAUUUCUUGUGUUCAUGAUUUGUCUAUAAUUUAAUGGAAAAAUGAAUGAGCCUCAGAGCAGUUGUUUUGCCCGUUUGUCAUUAAGGUUUGACGGUGUGAAUAGGAACUAGGAUAAUCAGUUGUUUCCUAUUUGUUUGGCUUGUCAACACUGCGGAGAUUAAUUUCUAUAGCCCCCUCCCCUAGCUCCUACCUCUGUUUUCUAAUCUAAAAUGUCUGUAUAGUCAAUAUAACAGUAGAGCCACCUAGCCUGAAAUUGGCUGCCUAAUCCCAAAUCUGACCCUUAGGCACUUUGUGUAGAUGUGAGAGGAUUGGAUUACGCAAUAUGUUAAUAGUGCCACGUUUCCCUCUGAUAUUGCUCUCCAAUCCUUUCAGGUCUACACACAUGCAUAGGGGGUUGAGCCUAGGGGUCGAUUUGGAAAUAAACAUUUGUGGUUCGCCUCCACCAUGUCCCUUUUACUUACUCAGUAUCUAGUCUUUUGUGAACACCGAAUGGGUAAGGGCUAAGUGAAGGGUUUUAGAGUCCGAAAUGGAACUGGUUCCAUGACGAUCAAAAUGACAGUUAUAUUUUCAAAGCCAAACUGGUGGACGUUUCAUCUUGAGAUAUUUCAGCAACAGAGCAGAAAAUUAGUCCAUUUGAGUACAUUUCCAGAGUUCAGUUGUAAUAUCAGUAUACUGUCUGAUAGUCUACUCUCAGGAUGAGGCAACCUCAGGAACCUCAGGCUGUCACACUGGAAUGACUGAUUCCUCACCACGCUACAUAGACAUAGGCAAACAGUUGUGGUAAUACAGACCUUUCACACUUUUCCAAAGCAGUUGUACACUGAGUAUACAUUAGGAAGACCUUCAUAAUAUUGAGUUGCACACAGAACAGACUAAAUUUGUCGGGGCGUGGACUCUACAAGUUGUCAAGUGUUCCACAGGGAUGCUGGCCCAUGUCGCUAAUGCUUCCCACAGUUGUCAAGUUGGCUGGAUGUCCUUUGGGUGGUAGACCAUUCUUGAUACACACAGGAAAUUGUUGGCUGUGAAAAACCCAGCAGUGUUGCAGAUCUUGACACAAACCGGUGUGCCUGGCACCUACUACCAUACCCCGUUCAAAGGUACUUAAAUCUUCUGUCUUGCCCAUUCACCCUCUGAAUGGCACACAUACACUAUCCAUGUCUCAAUUGUCUCCAGGCUUAAAAAUCGUUCUUUAACUUGUCUCUUCCCCUUCACCUUCAACAAUUUGAAGUGGAUUUAACAAGUGACAUCAAUAUGGGAUCAUCAUUUUCAUCUGGAUUCACCUGGUCAGUCUGUCAUGGAAAGAGCAGGUGUAUUUUAUGUUUUUUUAUACUCUGUAUAUACUGUAUGGCACUCACAUAAAAACAAAUUACUUGUAGAGAAUGAAUUGCCAAAUGUUGCAUGAUAUGACUUAAGGUUGAGCAUUUUUUAUUUACGGACGUAGCAUGUAUUUCAGUAGGAAAGUACAACUGAAAUGGUACUAGAUUUUCUAUAGAAUCUGCAUGUCCAUGACUCUUGUCAUGAACUGUUAGUGCAGCAUUUCAAGUCCAAAUGUUCUCAAUCUCAAACCUUUUGUCUUAGAAAUGUGUCUGUUUCUCACUUAUUAUGAGGAAGAGGUGGUGAGAAAUCUAGAAUGGAUCUCCCCUGCCGUCUAGACAGUCUAGAAUUCACACACUUACGUCAAAGUGUAACUGGGAAGCCCAGUUCUUCUUCCCUGUUCCACUGUCUAUCAGUGCCUGGAGGGAAUUGACGUGCGGCAGCUUCACACAGGGACUGUAACCUUGAGCCCCCUGUGCAUUAGUCGUAUGAGUUAGUGGCGAUACCGUAGCUUUCACACUCGGCGGAUGAAGGAGAUGAAAUGCCCCAGCCUUUUCCUCAGCUGCUAACAAGGUUGUGAUUCAACCUUUUGGAGGAAUCAAUAAUGAGGCCCAUUGGUGCGAAGUCCAGGAGCUAGAGAUUUUACACUUCAUAGACUCAAUUUAAGUGGUGGCUGCUGAGAGCGAGGCUAAGGUGACUGUUCCAAGAGUGAAGAAGAAAUAAAUCACUUAUACCUUUUUAUAUCACUGCUCACUGUUCCGCUUAACACUGUCAUAAUACCUCUUGACCAUCAUAGAAACAGAAUCUAAGUAGACUUAUGUGGAUCAUUGUAACUAGCGGUUGAUUAAUUAUGUGUGAUUAAAAUAUGCUUUAAAUCUGA